CAAGCAGGACCCCUAUUCAGCAUUGACUGUCCUGAGCAGUCUGUCCGCCAACUGCAUCUCCCACACUGUAUGUGUGAUGAGAAGGAUGACAAAUUGUCCGUGGCCCAUGUUACUGAUGGCAACAUGGAGAUUGUUCAGCCACUCAAGACGACUGCUACACACGUGAUUGUAAACAUCACACACCUCUCCCUCUUUGGCCUCGUCAGGGAUGUGUUCACCUUCCUCCCGGUCCGAAGCCAGGUGCUGCUGUUCCUCCGACCACAAGGGAACAGACACCAGAAGAGCAUACUGAGUGUUAUGUUGUUGCCCAGAAAUGUGCCACUUUGUGAGGUGGAACAUCAACAGAAGGGGAGUACCUUCAUUCAAACCAGCUCCAACUGCACAUUGACUCCUAGAGGAAAAUAUGGCCUCUGCUGUGAGCUGGUGGCAAAUUCUACCAUACAGCCAAAAAGUGGGGAGUUUGACUAUGACUAUAGCCCAAACUUCCACCCCACAUUUCAGGUGUUUUUAGACUGUAUGUCGGGUGCAGAGAACAUCAGACUGAGUCUUUUAGACAGAGGAAGUAACGACCAAAGAGUGUGGGAGUGUCUAGUUCCAACAGAUUUCGAACCACCUCAAGUCAACCCGAUCAACCCUAAUCCUGGUGCUGAGACUGAACUGAAGCAGCUCUCGGGUGAAGCGUUUGUGGAUAAGCAUAUGGCUGCUCUCAUUCAGACGGUCACGAUGGUGCUGCAUGUAGCAGAUGACCUGCUUGUGGAGGAGAUGAUCCCAGAUGAAUUGUACUCAAGAAUCCUCAUGGCUUGGCCCAGUCAGGAACAAAGGAGACUACUGUUUGAUGCUGUACAAGCAGGAGGAACAAGAGUGAAAUCUGCCUUCUACAAAGCUCUCCUUAACCAUGAACCUCGUCUUGUCCAGGACCUGGCAGCAGCUUCCCGCUGAUGAAUGUGAUGGCCUGGGUUGGUCCUCGACCGCUGUACAAAGGGCAGCAAGUGGUCCCUCUUCCAGAGCAGGAUGUCACAAUACUACAGUCACUAUGCUCCUAAUCUGCAUUGGAGUGUUGGGAGAUAUGACUGACAGCAGGAAGUCUAUGAUGAUUUAAAGUUAAAGAUGAUAUAGUCCUGUGUUUGUGCUAACAUUCCACUACUUGACACUUCUUGUCAUGCCAAACAGUCUGGCUGUAAGGCAUGCCAAGAAUCAAUUAAAAAUCAAAGUUUAUUCAUCACGUGCACAGAAUACACUGUGUAUGAAUGUGGGUGUGCGUGAGUGUGGGUGGGUGGGAAUGUGUGGAGUGGUGUGUGUAGACAGCCAGUGAUUGCAGGUAGACAGUCAUUGAUAAGCUGUUCAGCAGUUUUAAUGCUUCAGAGUUCGCCCCCAGUGAUGAACUGUGCAGCCUUCACCACCCUCCGUAGAGCCUUGUGGUGGAGAGGGGUGCAGCCUUCACCACCCUCUGUAGAGCCUUGUGGUGGAGAGGGGUGCAG